UGCGUCUCAUCACCAACGCGCAGACGCAUUGGUGCGUCCGAAAGCCUUGCUGGACAUGAAGCCACCAACGGGGUGAUUGUGUGUUAUGCCCGUGCCUCGACCCUGGCACGGUGCUCCGUGUCCGCCGCAAUCCUACGUAGGCAGCAGGAAAACAGCUUCUGCGCGCUCAGUCGCUUCAUGCUCUCGGGGGACCCGGCGGUCGAGGUCGUGAAGAGCGAGGCCCGAACAUACUUGACCUCAAAGCAAGGAUCCUGCUUUCCACUUCACAGCGAGAAGCCCAACCCCUGAGCCCCCCUUAUUGUGGAUAGAGGGCUGUAAAACCCGAGAUGGGCGUGCUGUGCCCACCGAGAUCUCCUGUUGUGGCUGUCUUCUAUAAGACUUGACCGCGUCCACGAUAUUCCAGUCAUGCUGAGAGAGUGCUAAACCAGUAAUCCCCGUCUUUCUUUCACAUCCCAACUGGAUUACAACCGCUCUUUACGCAGUAGAUAUGCAUUCGUCUUUCGCUUCCCUAUCUGCCCUUGUUGGGGUGGCACUGGCUGCCCCCAAGGCCGACAUUCUUGGACGAGAGUUGCUGGACAUUCAGUCUCGUGGUCUCGUCGACUUUGUCCAAGAUUUUUCCGUCAACUGGGUUCCCGAUGACCCGGAGCUCAUCUCUGGCUCUUUCGACGAUGGCGAAGUGACCUUUGCCGUCACUUGCAACGACUGCUGGGUUGACGCGCCCGUCACGGUCGACAUCUCUCCAGGACUUGUGUUUCUAGACACGGGGGCCACCGUUACUUUUGGAGAGUCACAGGGCCGCUUCGACGUUACGUUCAGCGCCGAGGGGGGCACGACCGAGUCUGUCAACCUGUUCACUUCCCACACGCCAUUUGGCUCAGAGGGUGACAAUUACCAAGUGGGAGCUGUCCUCAAAGUCGACCUGGUCUUCAGUGUCGACGCCGAGGUUGAAGUGGAGGGAGGGUUCGAGUUCCACAUCCCUGAUGGCUCUUACAUGAGCUUCAACAGCGAUGAAGAAAUUGUCGGCGCCAAAUUCGACGGCUUCACGGUCGACAGCUUCCUCAACCCUCUCCAGUUCGAUGUCAAUGUUACGGUUGCCCUGCAGGUCUCCUUGGAGGUCAGCCUUGGUAUUGGCUUCGAUGAUAAACUCGAAACUGGAGCUGGUUUUGGCGCCUUCCUGAACGUGCCCGAAGUUCACGGUCGUGCCCAGUCCACCGAAGACUGCGCCCUCGAGGCGUCUGUUGACUGGGAGAUCAAGGCCGGUGCGUUUGCCUGGGCUGGCUUUGAAACUGGAGACGACGCCGAAGAGAACGACUCUUCCCCUGGUUUCGAAGAGGGAGAUGACGCCAUGGCUACGACGUCAGUUACCGCAGCGUUGGGCGGCCAAGUCGUCGAUCCCACCUGUCUCUACGACGCCCCAGACACGACGUCCAUCUUGGUCAGCAGUGCUCCUCUCCCCGUCGUGACGACCAGGAUCGCAGUCAGCGGCGCUCCUCCUCCUGACGCCACGACCGUUGUCAUGGUCAGCGGCGCCGACCCCCUGACGCCGUCCAUCACCAUGACUCCUAUCAUGUCCACCUCUGUCAGGCACGCGGCGACAUCCUCCUGGGCCAUCAACAACUCGACGAGCCCAACGACCGCCCCUCCAGCCAUGCACACGACGACUGUCUCGACCACAAAGGUGCACACCGUCACCAAGUGCGCCGCCCAGGUCAUCCACUGCCCGGCCGAGUGGCAGCAGGUCAUUGUCGUCACCGAGGUGGUGGACCUGUUCACCACCGUCUGCCCCAUUGGCGAGACGCCCACCUUCCAGACCCCGGAGCCGACGCCUGUCAAGACCACGCAUGUGCUCUCCAACCCCAACGGUCACGCAACAUACGUGCCGUAUGCGGAACCCAAGAACAGCACCUUUACGCCGCCUGCUGACCUUCUGCCUCCUGCGGUCCACACGGUGACACUGACCCAGAGUGUCCCGCUUCCCACCGAGGACGUGGCCUCCCAGACAGUCGUUGUAGAGUACGUGCAGGAAACGACAUCCAUCGCCUCGCAGGCCCCCAAUGCCACAAGCACGCCCUCCGUCCCUGAGCUCGGCAGUGCUGCGACCCUGCAGGGCUCAGUUGCCGGUGCGGCCCUCGCGUCCGUGCUUGGCCUGUGCCUGCUGUGGCUCUAAGCCUGGGGUUAAGAUGCAGCGUGAUCCAGAGGAGGGCCCUGAUGUCUGAGGCUACCACUGAUGACUUUAAGGGCACCUUGGAGGUCGCGCUACUUGACGAUGGGGAUUCGGCAUGGGACAACGUCUAGCGCGAGGGCUACCGGUUCUCCUAUAAUAGAAAAUUCAGAUAGUAGCGUGAAGGCAAUGACAUUUACCAGGAAGUCAUACAUAGGGUAACAU